AUGGAGGCGAGGGUCAACAGAAUUUGCUUUUCUUUCUUACACCCCACACCAUCACCAUUUUUUAGGGGCCACAUUAGUUUCUUCUACGGUCUACCUCUGUCAGCACCACCACGGUCCAACUCAAGAAAUCCCUCCCCUCAGCCCAUUCUCACGAGAGCUGCUGAAAGCGAGUCUGAUAAUAGUUCUUUUCUUUUCUUUCCUUGCCUCCUCCCCACCACACCCCACUCCCAGCCGUCUGACCAGCAAUCCCUCCAGGCCAUUCUCACGAGAGCCUCUGCUGCUGCUCCUGGUGCUUCCUCCCCUGAUUCACAGCCUGCCGCUGCUGCUGUUGCCACUGCUGUCGCCGCUGCUGCUGAAAGAGGGAGGGAGGGGAAAGGGAAGAGGGUGAUGGAAGGAGCUGUGGGAGAGGAAGGGCGUAGGGCUGGAGCAGUGCCGAACGGUGUGGUCGAAGCUGGGGGUGCUUGUAACGCGGAUGAGAGCAGCAGCGGGGACUCCAGCGGCCCUGAGACGAAGAGGAGCAAGGUUCUAAGCGCAGGCUCCGCUACCUAUCCUGCUCCUUCACCUGCUGUGAAGAAAGUUCUGGGAACCUUCUCUCAUCAGUCACUCAAGGGGCUGUACAAGGACGUUCCUCUGCCUCCUGGCUGGUUCGCAUUCUCCUCAGUCAUCCUUCAUCAGAGCCCUAAUCUGAAGCCAUCCAGUCGAAUCGCGGCCUUUGAUUUCGACGGCUGCUUGGUCAACACCAAUGUGCGCAUCAUGGGACCCAACGCCUGGUCUCUCAUGUUCGAUACCGUUCCCAGCGUUUUGCAGCACUUUCACCAAGCAGGCUACAAGAUCGUCAUCUUUACUAAUGAGUCGAACAUCGAUCGCUUCACCAAGCAGCGCCACAAGGCCAUUGAGAGCAAGAUUGGGCGGUUAAAUGGAUUCAUGCGCACAGUCCCAGGCGUGCCCAUGCAGAUCUUCAUCUCCUGUGGUCGCAGCAACUCAGGGGACCUGUUCCGGAAACCAGAAGGGGGGCUGUGGCAUCUGCUGUGCGAGUGUGGGAAUGAAGAGAGACAAGUGGAAUGGGAGAGCUCAUUCUUCGUGGGGGAUGCAGCUGGUCGCCCUCAGGACCACAGUGAUUCCGACCAGGUGUUUGCUCAG